AUGAGUGAUGAUGGCGAAGCCGCAGUUGGAGACGCAUCAAGUCAUCAAGCCAUCAAGCCAUGGACAUCAUUCAAGCAGUUGCGAAUCUCCAGCAACGCCCAAAGUGCAGUGAGUGGGGAUUCUCGCUCUACUGCUAGCACGCGCGAGGUCGAUGCUGUCAGCCAGCUCUUACAAGACGAAGACGCCCUCCGAGUCGCGAGGCUGAUGAUACCAGAGCUUCGCACUGAGCGUACGACACCUAGUGAGCACCUACAUCGACAACGCCUUCUGAGUGCAACCCAGCAGAUUCGCAUCGCUCUUGCCUACGCCGAGAACGCAUCCCAAGCAGCCUUCGACACAGCCUUGUACACUUAA